AUGGUCACCAAGGGCGGCGCGAAGAAGAAAGCAAAGGUGAGGGCCUACGACAUUGAAGAGUCAAAAAGGAUAUUCCUAUACGCCUACGAACACCAACUGAAAAAUGAAAAGGUUAAUUGGAAAAAGGCAGAAGAGUCCAAAGUAACGAGCCACAGUGCAAGCUCGAUGAGGAGUCACUACGUGAAUAGUAUAAAACAUGAGGUGUCUUUGUAUCUGGAGAUGUACGCAGAGGAAGUUGCUAAGGUAUUUAACAAAGUGAAAAAGUGGAAGAAGGAAGAAAAAAAAAAAAAAAUGAUGCUUUUACAGAGCAACACACUGGUGAAGCAACGGUCCAAUAUUUCUCUAGACAGAGUAACCAAGGGAAAAAGCACACACUAUAACAAAUUUAAUUCGCUCAUAAUUAGUAAAGCCUUCUCCAUGAAGGGUAAGCGCAGCGUAAGUAACAAGCAGAACUCAUCCAUUAACAGAAGAAACGUGGCCAAUACAAAUACGAAGAAGAGAAAAAAAGACAGCAACGUUUGCUCUAGUGUUAGUGCUUGCGCGAGUGACGGUAGGACGAAAAGCCAAGCGGGAGUAUCUAAAAACAACCUCAAGAAGAAAAAAAUAAAAAAAGUAAAAUUUGCACAAAAAGAUACCCUUGCAGUCAAGGAUAAAAAAAUUAACAAAAAUGUGGUCAAAAGUGUGGCCAAAAGUGCGGCAAAAAAUGCAGCCAAAAGUGUAGCCAAAUGUGCGACCAAAUGUGUAGCCAAAAUUGCGCCCCAAAAUAACGCAAUCGUUAGCAGCAAUGUAGAAAGAACAAAUAACCCCCCCAACAAUUCGUUCAAUACAGAUAUGAGUGAUAAAACGGAUAAAAGAAAAAGCGAAAGGGAACGGGGGAAGCACACGCGAGUGUCCAAAAAUUACCAAAUGGAAGCAAAGGACAUAUCCCAAGGGACCAUCGACAGUAAACAUGUUAAAAAAAAGGUAAAGGAGGAGAACGAAGUACAAAUAAGCGUAGACAGAACGGUUUAUGGCCAACGAGGGAGUAACGCAUUGAACGAAGUGGGCCAUAUAAAAAUACCUUCCGGAGAACACUCUCCCCAAAAGUAUCAUCCCGAGUCAAGACCUGCAAAACGGCACAGCGACAAAAAUUCUCCUCUUCAAAACAGAGCAAAAAGGGGCAAACACUACGCAGCUAACUGCAACGUGAAGGAAUUCAGCAGGACAAACAAACCAUACGACAUGAAAACAUCAAGUGGAAACGUUAGGGAAGGGAAAAGAAGUUCCAUCGGCUCUAUUUUUGGGUACCUUUACGAUAAAAUAUUCCGCUGA